AUGGAGCAACUUCGUGAGAUUCAGAUGCUCACUAAUGGAGUCAAUACGUUCCAAACACAGAUCAAUUGGAAAAACAUGAUGCCAGGGGAAGUAUCGAUAAAGUGGACUCAUGAAGUCCCGUUGAAUGUCAAUUGUUUCUUAUUGAGGGCAAAGCUCGAUCGACUCCCAACGGCACGUGCGCUAACUAGAAGGGGAAUCCAGUUCAUGUCCGUCUUAUGUCCCUACUGUGAGUUGGAAGAGGAGGAUACGACACACGUGUUAUUUCGGUGCCCAAUGGCAUCAAAGGUAUGGGAAUAUGUAGGUCAUUAG